GGGGCAGAUCGCGCGCGGCCGCUGCGAGUUUUCUUAAAUCGAUCCCCGGCUCUGCGCUUGGCCGGGCAUCUGCUGGCCGAUCCAUCGGACUUUUCCUUUUCCCAAAGUUUCCUUGGGCUACUUUUUGCAUUUCCCUUUGGCUUUGGCUGGCGUUUUUGGUCCUUCUUCGGAGUUUGUCUUCCUUUGGUGGUUUGCCUUGGGGAAGAGAGAAAUCACUGGGGAAGCCGGAGGGAAGUCGCGAUGAGGGUCCGUUGGGGUUUCCCGAAGCUGAGCUCGGCGUCGGAAGCUCCCGUCCUGGAUGACCCGUCUCCCUAGGGGGAAAGAAGCCCGCCGAAGGUCCGGCUGGCACCUGAAAGGGCCAAGCGACGUUUUUCAGCCUUCUUCUUCUUCUUCUUCUUCUCCUGGCUGGGCUCCGAAAGUCAAGCCCGAAAUCGUGGCCCGGAGCUUCGUGCACCGCUCGGCCGGCGCCGGGAGCGAAUCUGGAGAUGCCAGAACUCUCUAUUGUGUAAACGAACUGAUGGACGAAGAUGAGAAGGACAGGGCAAAGAGGGCGUCACGCAACAAAUCAGAGAAGAAAAGAAGAGAUCAAUUCAAUGUCCUCAUUAAGGAACUGUGCUCUAUGCUUCAAGGCCACGGGCAUCCCCUCAAGAUGGACAAAUCCACAAUCUUACAGAGGACCAUCGACUUUUUACGGAAGCAGAAAGAAAUCUCAGCCCAGACCGAAGCCUGUGAGAUUAGACAAGACUGGAAACCCUCAUUUCUAAGCAAUGAAGAGUUCACUCAGUUGAUGUUGGAGGCAUUAGACGGGUUUCUCAUUGCACUAACCACUGACGGGAUUAUUAUUUAUGUAUCCGAUAGUGUCUCUUCGCUCCUUGGACAUUUACCGUCAGAUUUGGUGGACCAAAAUAUAUUAAAUUUCCUACCUGAGUGUGAACAGAACAACGUGUACAAGUUACUUUCAGCCCACAUGCUUGUGACCAACACAGUAACCUCUGAUUUUUUGAAUGCUGAAAAACAAAUCGAGUUUUGCUGCCACUUAGCCCGAGGAAACUUGGAUCCGAAUGAGGCCGUUACAUACGAAUAUGUCAAAUUUGUGGUGGAUUUCAAACCGUAUUCCCAUGUGCCCGCGUCGUCCUUCAACGGCUUCGAGUCCCCCGUGGCACGGGCGUUCCGGUCAUUCAGUGACACCCAGGUGUGUCUAGUCGCAACGGUCCGUCUCAUUACUCCGCAGUUCUUGAAGGAAGUUUGUAACGUGGAAGAAUCCUAUGAAGAAUUUGCCUCACGGCACAGCCUGGAGUGGAAGUUCUUGUUUUUGGAUCACAGAGCUCCACCAAUAAUCGGCUAUUUGCCCUUUGAGGUUCUGGGGACAUCUGGUUAUGAUUACUACCACGUGGAUGAUUUAGAACUCCUUGCUAGAUGCCAUGAACACCUGAUGCAGUUUGGCAAAGGCAAGUCCUGCUACUACAGAUUCUUGACCAAAGGCCAGCAAUGGAUAUGGUUACAGACCCAUUAUUACAUCACCUACCAUCAGUGGAAUUCCAAACCCGAGUUCAUUGUGUGCAGCCACACAGUUGUUAGCUACGCUGAGGUUCGAGCCGAAAGGAGGAGGGAUGUCGGCCUGGAGGAAUCUUCUAUCGAAUUGGCCUCUUCAUCCUUAAAGGGAAGCGGUGGCUCAGUGGCUAAGACACUGAGCUUGUCGAGCGAAAGGUCGGCAGUUCAGCGGUUCGAAUCCCGAGUGCCGCGUAAUGAGAGUCAAGGGGAUUAUAUCAACGCCCGACACUGCGUGCCCACUAACCAAGAAGUCAGUCGGGAAGGGGUAUCCGUGUCUUCUCACAGCUCCCGCCGAUCUUCGCACACAGCGCUGUCCGACUCUGCAACCACGUCAUCCAUGCGGCACACUGAUGCCAGCACUCCGACGCGGCAAAGCUUAUCAUUGGGGCAACCAGACAAGGUCUCCUUACGGCUUGCCUCCGGCGGCAGCACUCAGGGCAUCAUAACUCCCUCCGAACAUCUUGUACAGCAUCACAUGACGCAGCCCACGGUCCCUGCCCAACAAACAUUGAUGCCAGGCUAUCACUUCCCAACGCAAAUGGGGAUGAUGCACCAGCUCAAGGAACAGCUGGAAGAGAGGACACGCAUCCUGCAAGCUGACAUUAAGACCCAGCAAGAGGAACUGCAUGUAAUCAAGGAGCAGCUGCAACUCGUCCAAGACUCCAAUCUGCAGAUGUUCAUGCAGCAGUCCAUGCCUAUGGUCUUCAGCACGGUGCAGUCCCAACAGACCCCAAGGCGGCAACCACCGGGAGCCACUUUAGGGAACAGGCCAGCUGCUCCCACGAAGUCCCAACAACAGCAAAGCAUCAUGGGAUCGAAGCAAUUUAGUGGCGCUCCCUUGGCCUCCCAGCCGUCCUUCCUCAGGGAACCGUGUGUCACAUCAACCCAGGGGCAACCACAACAGCGAAAACACGUUGUGAGAGGAAACCAGGUGAAGCCGGUGUGCAUGCCCAUCCAGAUGAGUAUUUCUCUGCCCGUCUACAACAACCCCAUGGCUUUUUCUCAAACCCACCCUCUCCCGGUGCCUUCUCCAAUGCCACAAGAACUGGGCGAGAGGACACAACCGUCCGAUUACAACCAAGAAGGAAACUUAAGGAUGUUGUUAGAUCAACCUGUGCCGUCACUGAUGUCCAGCACAAGCGGGAACAAUCAGACCUCCCAAAGCAACACUAGUAGACAGCAGACCAAGUUUCCUCAAGAACCGCAGAGUCUGCCUUCCGCAAUCCAGAUGCAACCCGUCACGUGCGCGGCCAUCCGGGCCCCGGUCCCGUCUCCCGGAUUCACCCCUUCUCUGAUGAUGCCUCAACCCAGUGUGACUGUCCCACAGAGCCAUCCGGCCAACACCCUCCAACAGUGGACGCCGCAGCCAGUUCAACCACAUCAUCUUUACCUCCAGAUGCCGAGUGCAGCUGAACCAGGGCAGAACCAACACUUAUUCCAGCAACCACCCUUACCUCAACAGACGGCCACCAUGGGUUAUUUCCACCACCCGCAGCCCCCGAGCCAUCACCUACAGGGGCAGCCGUGCAGCUUACAAGAUUUGCCUGAAAUGCAGUUGCCUUGAGGUUCUCGAAUGAGAUGGUCAUCACUGUUUUAUUACCUCAGGGCGGGCAGCGAAUCCUGACCGCCGAGCAGGAGAGUUUGGGUCCUCCUCCAGAAGGCUGCAAGGCGAGAAGAAACGCCCAGGGAUGUAGAAGGAGCGGAGAGCUACAGCUGGCAACCUUUCUGCUUAGGAAACCAGCAGCCCAAAAGGCAGUUGGCCUUUGGCUGUUCAAGCUUUGCAGCUCCACAAGCGCAGGGAGGAAAGGUUAAGGGAGUUACGUUGGCUUAAGGAACUGUCAGUCAACGUGAGUUUUGACAAGCAGACCAGAACUAGGAGCUCGCAUGGACAAAGAAACCAGCUUGACCGGAAUGGUGAGAGAGACUCAAGGACUUGCAGGAAAUCACACACCGCUAAUAAUUGCAACUAGGUUUGCAUGCGGCCGAGCCAAAUAUAGCAAUAGCAUUUAGACUUAUAUACCGCUUUACACUGUUCGACAGCCCUCUCUAAGCGGUAUACAGUCAGCAUAUUUGCCCCCAACAUUAUGGGUCCUCAUUUUACCCACCUCGGAAGGAUGGAAGGCUGAGUCCAACCUUGAGCCCUGGUUAGAUUGGAACUGCCAAAUUGCAGGCAACCGGCAUUCAGCAGAAGGAGCCUGCAGUACUGCACUCUGACCACUGCGCCACCGUGGCGCAUAUAUAUUUCAUAUGGCGGCUGGAUUUUAGCCUGCAAGUCCUUUCUUUUGUUACUAGGAUCAAAUUUUACACGCUGAUAAAUUUAGACCCCCACCCCACCCCCAAGAGACGGGGUUUUUUUUUUGAAAAAUGUUUGCUGUGAAAUAUCAUAGGACUUGAUUGCCAUGUUUCACUUGUUCAGUGUGUGUGUGAUUGAUGUUAUUUUUAAGGUUCGCAAUUUCCUUGCGAUUCAAAAUUUUUUUUUUUCCUCCCGUCUGGACUUCUGGAAUACUCAAACGAUGCUGCUACCGUUUUAUGGAAACCACUUUGGCCUGAAUUUCUUUCGUUGUACACCAGCUCCUUUUGGUCUUUCGAGUUGUCUAUAAAGAGUCCAUAUUUUAUUAUGGAGAUUUAAAAUAUAUAUAUAUAUAUUUAUCUAGCUCGAUUCCCCGAUGAACCAAAUAGGGUGCAAGGACGAUCCUUAUUUUUAUUUAUUUUUUUUCUCCUCCUCUGGUUGAAUUAAACCUCGUUUUGGAGAAACAUCUUGCCACCCAGAGAUAAAAUCAAACUUUGUGGUUUUGCUGUUAAAAGAGUUUGGCAAAGCGGAAUCUUUGAUCUAAGAAACGUCACGAGUCAGUAGGGUUAGCAAUAAAGUGUAUUUUUGUAAAUGGUCAUUUAAAAAAAAAAACGGAAAAAAAGACUUGUUUAUAUAUUUAUGAACUUUUUUUUUAAAGUUUUUUUUAAAAAAAUUCCUCCAUGGUGAGAAAGCACCAAAGCAUCCUUUUAUUGUCUCUUUUUGCAAAAAGGAAUGACUUGUAAUUUGCAAGGGGUAUUUACAAACAAACAAACAAACAAAAAGACUUAUAACUUUGUUCAGCUUGCACAUUUUUUUUUUCUUUAGUCUUUCCAGCUUGUUCCUCCUUUUUGGGAUGUGAAGCUUUUACCUGCUGCUGUUAUAGUGCAAAGUUGUUUUCACAAGUUCAGUCUUAAAAGGCAUUUGUUUAAUAAUAGUUCAGGGUCAUACAUUUGAAAAACAAACAAACAGCAAAUGAUGUUUAUUCAGGUAUAACUGUGUGUGUGUGUGUGUGUGUGUGUGUGUAUAAAACUCUCAGGCGGAUGAAUCACUGUUUUACAAGAAUCUGCAUUUUCUUAGGAUUGUAGUUUCUUUACUGCUGAACAUGCUUUGCAUGGACAGGCACGUACCGGUCAGUUUCCCUGGAUAUUUAAACAAAGGGGUAGUAAUGGAUUUUUCCUAAAUCCAGUAUCUGUAGAGCAGUGUUCCUCAACCUUGGCCAUCUGAAGAUAUGUGGACUUCAAUUCCCAGAAUUCCCCAACCAGCAUAAGUACAAAUCUGGCAUCGAAUGCAAUGCUUUGCAAACCUGGGUUAAACAUGGUUUAACUUUGGGUUAAUGAUCCCCGAACCUCCUACUCAUCUCAAAAGGGACAUUUAAAUGGAAAAGUCUGCCCUGUGUUCUAAACUAUAUUUGAACAUCUAAAGUAUUUCUGUUAAGAUGAAAAUUGAUCCAAUCACCAAGGACAAUUUUGUUGAAGUGACAUUUAAGAUCAGUCCAUCUUGUUUUUAAAAUACUAAAAGGUAAAAGUUCCCCUUGCACAUAGGUGCUAGUUGUUCCCGACUCUAGGGGGCGGUGCUCAUCUCCGUUUCGAAGCCGAAGAGCCAGCGCUGUCCCAAAAUAUCUCCGUGGUCAUGUGGCCUGCAUGACUAAAUGCCAAAGGUGCACGGAACGCUGUUACCUUCCCACCAAAGGUGGUCCCUAUUUUUCUACCUGCAUUUUUUACGUGCUUUCGAACUGCUAGGUUGGCAGAAGCUGGGACAAGUCACGGGAGCUCACCCCGUUACGCGGCACUAGGGAUUCGAACCGCUGAACUGCCGACCUUUUGAUCGACAAGCUUAGCUUCUUAGCCACUGAGCCACCGCGUCCCUUUUUAAAAUACUGGUAGACCUCAAAUUCCGACCGUUCGUUCAGCGACCGUUCGAAGCUACGACGGUGCUGAAAGGAAGGGACUCAUCACCGGCUCUCCAGAGCUUCUGAAAAGCACUUUUGGAUAGGGAAGGAAAAAGCUUGGGAAACCCUAAAUCUAAUGCAACAGCGACGAAGUCACUAAACAGAUUGUCUUAAGUGGAGUUAAUUCUGCUCGGUGUGUUGAGGAAGACCGCUUGAAAUGAUAAAUCAUCUCCUAAAUCUUUAGAAUUUGGAAAGGUAGAGAGCAGGCUAAGAAUGCUUGCUGAGCCCAUGGACUUUUUUUUUUUUUUUUGACUUUCCUGCCUAUACAGCUAGUCCUCGACUUACGACCACAAUGGAGCCCAGAACUUAUGUUGCUAAGUGAAAAAUUUGUUGAAUUUUGCCCCCGUGUAUGACUUUCCUGGCCACGUUUGUUAAGCGAAAUCACUGCAAUUGUUAAAUGAGUCAGACGGUUGUUUAGUGAAUCUGGUUUCCCCGUUGACUUGGCUUGUCGAGAAGGUCGCAAAAGCAGAUCACGUCAGCCUGGGACACCGCAACUGUUCUAAAUAUGAACCAUUUGUCAGGCAUCCGAAUGUAAAUCACGUCACCACGGGGGGAUGCUGCAACGGUCAUAAGUGUGAGAAACGGUCACAACUGUGCCGUUGUAACUUUGAAACAGUCACUAAAUGAGCUGUCGUAAGUCAAGGACUACCUGCAGGUGUGUUGCAGAAGUUAGAAGUCUUAGCAGGAUGCAAAGUGAGACCAAUCUUUAGUUCAUUGUGGAAGCACAAAAAUCAUUUUUUUCCCCCCAGCCUGGCACUUUCUGUACAUAUAUUUACAAAUGAAAAGGCUGGUGGGUUGACAGAGGCAGAGUCUAACUUUAUAUACUAGCUGGAAAGAAAGAAAGAAAGAAAGAAAGAAAGAAAGGAAGGAAGGAAGAAAGAAAGGAAGGAAGGAAGGAAGGAAGGAAGGAAGGAAAGAAAAAGAAAGAGGAAGGAAGAAAAAGAAAGAAAGAAAGAAAGAAAGAAAGAGAAGGAAGGAAGAAGGAAGGAAGAAAAAAAGAAGGAAAGAAGGAAGGAAGAAGGAAGGAAGAAAGAAAAAGAAAGGAAGGAAGGAAGGAAAAGAAAGGAAGAAAAAAGGAAGGAGGGAGAGGAAAGAAGGAAG